AUGGAAACAUGUAAUUACUAUUUAGAUCAACGUAACCUCAAGAAUCCUUUUGAUAUGCACAAAUGUAGUGUACGAAUUCUUACAGAGGUUAUGCUUUCUGAGGUUGAAAUGGAAUUUUCUAUACGCAUGUCUAUUAAAGGUAAUCAUAUUCCACCAAAUAUUAUUCGAGAAACAACUGCAUUAUCUCGAAUUAAUUUAAGUAGAGAAGCACGUGAUCUUGCAAUUACAAACCAUCAAGCAGAUAAGCAAACAACAAAAGAAAUAAAAAUGAAACUCCUCGCACCACAUAAUGGUAAUUCACAAAAUGAACUUGAACAUUUGUAUAGUGGUCAAAAUUCGAUAUGUGAUGAUGUAAAGCUUUGUCAACUUAUUGAAAGAGACAGUUUACGUGCAAGAAAAAAUAUAGGUCCCUGGACAAUUGUGCAUGAAUUGGUAACUGAUAUAUUAAAACAAAAGGGUGCUAUAUUAUACUACCAGCAACCUAAUAUGAAUAUACCUGAAAACAAUUCUGAUCAUUAUUAUCAACUUACCUUGAGCGAUGAUUUAUGGCUUCAGCAGGCACAUGACUUUGGCUCAUUUUGCUUUGGCAUUGAUGGAAAGUACGACUUAAACAGUGAUGGAGCACCAAUUUUAUCUUUAGUAGUUGAGGAUAAUGCAGGUUACGGAACUUCAAUUGUAUUUGAACUAUCAAAUAAAGAAAAUAACCAUAUGAUUAAACUUGCUGUAGAAGCUGUUCAGCGCAAUAUUCCGUGUAAUAAAAUUGAUUGCAUGCAUGAAUAUGAAUAUAUGGAGUUACCAAAUAGGUCUUCAGCCUAUUCUUCGUGGUGUAAUUUUAUGUUGGUUUCCAUAAUGCAAACAUUUAGUGAACACUUUAAAAACUUAAGAAUUGAUGACUAUUACCAUUACCCAAUUGCUAUAGCUUUCAAAAUA